AGAAGGGCUGGUGCCUGGGAGGCGCAGCGUCUCCCUGAGCUCAGUCAGUGUGAGUGUUGGCGGAGGGCUGGUAGAGCAGUGCCUGACUCAGGCUUGAGUUAUAUAUAUAAAAAAAAUACACGCGUCUUCUGCUUACAGGCGGCCGCCGAACUCGGAGGUUUUCGGGGGCCGACCGGCAGCAGCAGGCGAGAGGGAGCUGGGUGGCAGCUGUGGGAGACUGACUGGGCCGUUGUUGCCCUACGGCUGACCGGGUUGUCAGUGGGCCUGGGCCUUCGGGGAGACCGAGCGGCCGAGAAGGACGGGAUAGAAACGCGUUGCCCCGGGAGAGGCUCGCCACUCACUCAGGCACAGAGCCUGAUGGUUGAGGUUAAGUAAUUGUUCCUGAACCUGGUGGUGUGAAUCCCAAGGAUCCUGUACUUCCUUCCUCAUGGCAGCAGUGGGAAGAGCACUUGACCUGGAUGGUGGGACUCCUUGAUGGGUGCUACUUUCCUGCAACAGGACUCCUUGUGGAGAGAAAAAAUCUUGCAACUUAACUCAAUGUUAGUGAAUUUGAACAUUUUUUUUAAGAUGUUGACGUCUGUGAGCAGGAAUCUUUCUGUUGACAUAAAUGAUAUGCCAGAUUAAGGAUGUUCAACAGGUGGACUGCAACUACAUUCCAGAUUAAAACUGGAUAUGUUCUUUAAUGGCAGAUGUGCAGUUUGGUGCCAUAUCAGACUUUAUUUUGUGUCGUAGAAAAUUUUAAAUAAGAACCCUUCCAAUUAUUGAAGAUUAGAAAUCCUUCCAAAACAUUUUCAAAUUGGCUACUGAUUUUGCAGCCAUUAUGAGUAGCACAUUAGGAAAAGAAAAAGACUGCAAAGAAAAGGACCCUAAAGUUUCCUUGGGAAAGGACAGGGAAAGGGAUGGAAAAGCUUCUGGUGGCUUUGGAAAAGACGGUAAAGAGCGAGAGUCCAAAACCAAAGGGAAAGAUGCCAAAGAAGGAAGAAAAGAAUCCAGUGGGGUACAACCAGGAGUGCAAUUCCAAGUGGACAAUACAAUAAAACGGCCAAAUCCAGCACCAGGACGUAAAAAAUCUAGUAAUGCUGAAGUUGUUAAGGAAUUAAAUAAGUGUCGUGAAGAGAAUGCAAUGCGUUUGGACUUGGCAAAAAGAUCAAUUCACGUGCUUCCAACAUCGGUCAAAGAAUUGACCCAAUUAACUGAGCUUUAUUUGUAUAGUAAUAAAUUGCAGUGUUUGCCAGUAGAACUGGGAUGCCUUGUGAACUUGGUCACCCUGGCACUGAGUGAAAAUUCGCUUACAAGUUUGCCUGAUUCUCUUGAUAACUUGAAGAAACUGAGAAUGCUUGAUUUACGGCAUAACAAACUUCGAGAAAUCCCUGCAGUAGUGUACAAGCUGAAUUCCCUUGCCACUCUUUAUCUACGGUUUAAUCGUAUAACUACUGUGGAAAAGGACAUCAAAAAUCUAUCCAAACUUACAAUGCUGAGUAUCCGUGAGAACAAAAUUAAACAGCUCCCUGCAGAAAUAGGUGAACUAUGUAACCUCAUAACACUGGACGUGGCUCACAAUCAGCUUGAACACCUGCCAACGGAGAUUGGCAAAUGCACGCAAAUCACAAAUCUUGAUUUACAACAUAAUGAGCUGCUUGAUCUGCCUGAAACUAUAGGUAAUUUAUCCAGUCUGAGUCGUUUGGGACUGAGGUACAACAGAUUAUCUGCUGUCCCCAGAUCAUUGGCAAGGUGUAGUGAAUUGGAUGAGCUUAACCUAGAGAAUAAUAAUAUCUCAACAUUACCUGAGGGUCUUCUUUCAAGCCUUGCAAACUUGACUAGUUUAACGUUAGCAAGGAAUUGCUUCCAGUCGUAUCCUGUUGGUGGACCCCUACAGUUUUCUACUAUCUAUUCUCUCAACAUGGAACAUAACCGCAUCAAUAAAAUACCUUUUGGAAUCUUCUCCAGAGCUAAAGUGUUGAGUAAGCUGAAUAUGAAGGACAAUCAGCUAACUUCACUUCCACUGGACUUUGGAACAUGGACAAGCAUGGUAGAAUUGAACCUUGCCACCAACCAACUCGCAAAGAUUCCAGAAGAUGUAUCGGGACUAGUUUCUCUGGAGGUUCUCAUCUUAUCAAAUAACCUUCUUCGAAAGCUGCCUCAUGGCAUUGGACACUUAAGAAAACUGCGAGAAUUGGACUUGGAAGAAAAUAAACUUGAAUCUCUUCCAAAUGAAAUUGCUUACCUUAAGGAUUUGCAAAAACUGGUCUUAACCAACAAUCAGCUGACUACACUUCCUAGGGGAAUUGGUCACUUAACCAGUCUGACUCACCUUGGCUUAGGAGAGAACUUGCUCACUCAUUUACCUGAAGAGAUUGGUACACUGGAAAAUUUGGAGGAAUUGUAUUUAAAUGAUAAUCCUAAUCUGCACAGCCUUCCUUUUGAGCUGGCACUCUGCAGCAAGUUGUCCAUCAUGAGCAUUGAGAACUGCCCACUCAGCCAUCUUCCAGCGCAGAUUGUAGCUGGUGGUCCAUCCUUCAUCAUCCAGUUCCUGAAGAUGCAGGGGCCUUAUCGUGCCAUGGUUUGACUGAAUACACUGUACAAAAUAUAAAUUGCAUUAUUGUCAUUAUAUAUAAAGCAAUUUUACUAAGACUGCAGUAUGUUUCUGGUAAUAGAGGAAUUGUAGCCAUUUAGAAUUUUUUUAAAAACUUGUAAAGAAUUAGUGCUGGACUGAGGGUUCAUGUGAGAAGUAACAUUCUUUUUUUGUGGGUGAGGUUUGGGAAUGGAUGUUGCAAAAUCUUCAGCAUGAUUUUUAUGUAUUAACAUUUGAACAUAUUACUUUGUGUAUUUAAUAUGCAAUGUAAUAUUUUCUUAACUAUUAACAUACUCAGUGGCAGGCAUAGGACCUGGGGAAUUCUCUGAAUAUGUAGGUGCCAAUUACCAUUCUAGUUUUAUCUUGCAUCUUUGAUUUCUGCCACUAGAUAAUAAGUCACGGUCAGAAUUGCAAAAGCCUAUAAAUACUUCAGGCCUGCCAUUUUCUUUUGUGUCCCAGUCUAAUUCUGUGAUUGAUAAAAGUUAAGUCAUGAAGUUUUAGGGUGGAAGGGAAGAUUUUGAAAAAAUAGAAAAGGGAAGAACCAUGCAAGGUAGGCCAAGAACAUGUAUGUUCAAAAGCCAAUGGUGGGAAGAACAAUUAAACCAAAGAGAGAGACAACAAAUGCAAAUUAAGGCAAUGCAGAGAAAGUUUUAAAAAAAAUCUCCCCACAUACAUAUUUUGUAUAUUUGAAAAAGACUACUUAAAUGAUUUUCUGGGAGUCAAGUAAUGUCCUUAUAAAUAAUUUCUGUAUAUUCUUGAUCAGUUCCAUCAUAGUCUCCAAGAUUUGCCAUUUGAUUUAAGCAAUUGUGUGAUGCUGACAGGCAAUAUUUGUAUAAUACAGAUCCACUGGUCAUACACUGCAUUGCUUCAUAGUUUGACUGUACUGUAGUCUAUGUAGUAUAUACAGGAAUAUGGCCAUUAAAGUUUGUUUCCUAUUAUUUCAAUAACUCCGACCCCCCCCCCAUCAAGUGCAAAGAAGAGCUUAAGAGCAAAGCAAAGGGAUACACCCAGACCCAGCCAGCUUUUUCCUAAGUGAUCCAUGGGAAACACUUGCAUAACACAAAUUUUCUCUUGCAUACGAUCUGAAACCUUUUGGACCAUAGAUGCCUAACAUAAAGUUCUCUGUUUCUGGAAUUCCAUAAUAAAAUCACCAUAUUCCCCCAACCCUUUACAGCUUUAAAGCACAGUGAUCAGUUUCAAAUCUGUUACUCCAUCCAAGAAUUGGUAUUUUUAUAACCUGUCCUUCAUGUUGUGUCUGCACAUGAAGCUUUGUGUGGAGGUCUAAUUUUCCUCAUACACAUUUUUGCUGCUGCAUGUAUUUUUCCAAAUUGUAUGUAUGGGUUAUUCGAGUCCUGGCAGUUUACUUUGUUUGUUAAUGUGAAUACAUGUACAGUAAAUCCAUGGAAAAUGUUUUUAGGAACUAUUCUAUAAAUGAAAUGCACAUAGUAUUGAUAUAAAGCAUUCAUUCUGUUCAGUGUUCACUUGAGGGAAGUUCCCCAGUUGGACAUAGUUGAUUCAGUGUUUGUACAGACUAUUGCCAGUUGCUGGUGUAGUACAUAUCACUGCAUGUUGUCAGCAUCUUUUUGGUUACAGGAAGGCUUUUAUAUCAUGUUUGCAUGUCUCUCUCAAAUGAUACUGCAUUUUAAGACUUAAAUUUAAUACAAUUAAAAAUAGUGAAUUUUUAAAAUUUCCUUUUAAAAGUUGUUAAAACUCAAAUUGCACUGAAAUAGAACCACUUUUCUUUCUCCUCGAGCUGUACUGUGAUGCUCAUUAAUUAUAACUUAUUGUUUGUCUACAUUUUGCUGUUGUCUUGAAUGGUUCAGAUCUGUUUGCUGGAGAAUUCUUGCUUUCAGCCUUGCAAAAAAAAACUGUUGUGAACUUAUUCUGCUCAUCAAUGUAAUUUAUGUUGUCAUCUCUUUCAAAAGAUUUCUAUUUCCUGCAAAAAUUUGCAAGGUAGAAAAUGAAGUCUGUGAACCAAGGGAUGUGUAAUACUUAGUCAACACUGCAGCAACUGUGGAGUAAGCUGUAUGCUUAGUUGUCAUCAAAACAACAAUUCUUUGGCAGUUACUUACUGCCUGAUUAUCCCUGUGAUCAUCUUUUAACCUCCAACAGAUCCUAAAUUAGAGACAACAAAGAAAUCCAAAAGUUGUAAAAGUGAUAUUAAAGCAGUAUUCUUCAGCUGACAGUAUUUUGCUAUCAGUGUAGCCUUUAUUGACUGGUUAAUUUAACGUCAGCCGUCACUGUCCAACAUGUAUUGAUUAGGCUGCUUUGUGCAAUCUAUUUUGCAUUGCAGACUUUUUGUUUCCACAGUCACUGGUUUGUACUUAGAAUGUGAGCAAGGCUACUUCCUGGUACCAAAUGUUACCUUUAAUCUGAAGUAUACUGCAAGUCAAAAUUUAGUGUUCAAUAAACAUUUAAAUUACAAGGUUUUCUAGUUAAAACAUGUCAGCAAACAUAAAUGAAACAAAAGUAAGUUCUUUUAACUGAAUUGGACAGUAAAACUUUUAAUAUUUCUUGUGAAUGUGGUUAUUCCAGUAUAUAAACUGUAAGGUGCAAAUUGUAUUGCUGUGUAGGACAACAGACUAAAAGAUCACAUGCUAAAUAUCAGUUUUUAUCUAAAAUCUGUGAGGUCUAUUUGUAAUGUUUAUGGUUUUCAUUUUUACUCAAGUUGUGUUUGGCCAAUCCUUGCCUUGCUAUAGGCAGGGAUUCACAACCUGGGGUCCACGAACCUCUUGGUUUAUGGUAGGGGUCCGUGGCAUAAAAAAGUUGGGACCCCCGCUAUAGAGCAUAAUGUAUUAUUACGUAUCAGCAGAUAUGAAAAGAAAGUCUUUUGAAUCUUAAGUUUUCAAGUGCAUAGUGAAGACUUUUGUCCUUCUGUUUUCUUUAAAUAACAAAAACAUUCAAGGUUUUCAGCCUUAGUGAAGUUUUAAAAUUGCAGUAUUCACUUUAUUGUUGCAUCCACUGGUACUGUAUAACAGAAGCAGAUAAUAUUCCCUUUUAACAAUUUGUCUACAGUUCAGUUUAUAAAAAUCUUAUUGUGGGAUUCCAGUGGAGAAAUGCACUGAGAAGCUGUGCAUUAGUAAUCUCAGUAUUCUUCCUGAAGUAUUGACUGAAAUGGUGGAUCUUUUCUUCAUGCUUUCUGCCAUUACCCGGUGAGCAAGUUUGUAGAAUUUUUUAACGGUGCAAAUGUAUUCAUGCAUUCACACAGCUGCUUUGUUGGAUUAGUUCCAAAAUUCAUUUUGCCAGAUUUCAGGUUAGGCUGAUUCAGUCAAAUUUAGUGAGUCAUAUUGAGCAAUCUGAAAAGGUUAGAUCUUCCCAAUUUUCUGUAACUCAACGUCACUUUGAAAUUUACUGCCUUUAAAGUAGCCACUACCUUCUACAGCUUUACCACUUGUGCUCCUAGUUAAGCUACAAUGAUAUUUUCUAGACUACAACAUUUGGAAGUAUACUAUUGAGAAGUCGAUGAUCAGUAAAUCAGACAAUUAGAGAUGCAUUUUGAAUUUAAGUGCAAUUUAUAUAAAGAAUUUUAUACAUGCAUAUCCCUGAUGGCAGCAGAUAAAUUAUUUUCAAUUAUUCUAAACUAAUUUGGCUAAUAACCAGUAAGUCUACAAAGAAUGGUUUGCUUAUUUUUUGCCUGCCUCUUUCGGCAGUCCUUUUACCAGAUAGCACAAAAUAUGUUUGUUUACUGGUGCAAUCAGACCAUUAGACUGCUCACCAAAAUAAACAAUGUACAAACCAGUAAACAGAUAUUUUUAAACCAGUUGUCAUUUAAAAUAUUAAAAUGCCUCUUUAUUUUGUUUUUAUAAAAGUCAUUCAGUGUAUCUGUGCAUUCAUUAUAAAUAGUAAAUUUGUAAAUGAGCUGUUGUUGAGUCGUUUGCAACUGUUGCAUGACUUUAAAGGCUUAAGUGUACAAUUAACUUUGAUCCAUGGGUGUGGCAAAGGGGUGGGGGAUUACUUUUGGCUGCUGUCUUGGAAGGAACAUUCACUUCCAUUGUAACGUUUAAAGUAAGACCUUUUAAUAUUUCUGUUCAGGUAAGAAUAUUAAAACAAGUAUCACAGGUGAUUGUAUAUCUGAUAUGCUAUUUCAUUUUGCACACAAGCGAUGACAUUUUAAUGUGUUGCCAUUAUUUCUGGUGUAAACAAUAUUAAACUAUUUACUGAAACUUCGGUUAUUCUAAAAUGUGUUAAGUCUUCUGAAAAAUGGGAACCUUCUCAUAAGUUUAAUGCUGCUCACUUUAAUCUAAUACUAAUUAUUAUUUUCUAAUUUCUCAGAAACUAAAGGUUAAAAUAUUUUCCCAGCUUCUUUACAAGAUACUGAAAGUGAGCAUUUUUACUUAAAGAUAUCAGCCAAUAAAUUCUUCUU